UUGCGGUCGAAUUUCAGUAUUUUAAAAGCCGACGCUUUGAAACGCAGUAUAUUUCGAAAUUUCUCACCUGCUCUCGCUGACGCUGUGGAGAAAGAUAAUUUUGCUCAUCUUUCAGAUUUAUUUUGCCGUCUCUACGUGACCGAGCGUGAAAACGAAAUAAGUCGCAGACGGGUAAUGCUGGAUCCUACAAGUGCUGAGGGUCAACGAAUGAUUGCGGAGCAAAUUGAGAGGGAGAACAUUGAUUUUUCCCAUCAGUUUGCCAUGGAACACAUGCCAGAGGCGUAUAUCCCUGUGACAAUGCUUUAUAUUCGAAUGAAAAUUAACGGGGUCGAGUGCAAAGCCUUUGUAGAUUCCGGCGCUCAAGUGUCGAUCCUUUCUGAAGCUACUGCGCAGAGGUGUAAUUUGAUGCGUUUAGUAGAUAAAAGGUUUCAAGCUACAGUGCACGGUGUUGGUGGUAUGAAGAAGAUGCUGGGGAAGAUUCAUACUUGCCAAGUUCAGAUUGAAAAUCAAUUUUUCACAUGUAAUUUUGAUGUUUUAUCUGACCAUUCUAUUGAUAUCCUUCUUGGUUUGGAUAUAUUGCGACGGCAUCAGUGUACAAUCGACUUAAAGAACAAUUGCUUGAAAUUUGGCGAUUCAGCUUCUACUCCUUUUCUUGGGGAUGCGGAAAUACCGAAGAGGGACCCUACGACGGGAGAGUCCUCGGAAACAGUUGUUGUGGACAGCGCAAAGUUGGCUUCUUUGAUCGCACUAGGGUUUGAAGAGGAGGCUGCUCGUUCAAUGCUGAUCCAGUGCGGAAAUGAUCUCGAAAUGGCUGCCGCCAAUUUGUUUUCUAGCAAUGCUGCGAAAUCUUAG